AUGUUUACGACGGCAUUAUCAUGGUUCAUGUCAUUUCUGUUGAGCGUUCAAGUAACACUUUGUACACAACCAUAUUUUCCUCCACAGAUCACAUUUUCUAUUGAUGAUGAUCAAACAAUCAUGGCAAUCGAUGAACUAAAUUUGCGAGCUUAUCAAACCGGUGUUUAUACCGGAAAACAAUACUCAUUGGUGAUGAAAAAUUUUCCAUAUCCAAUUUCAGUUUCACCACAAUCGAAACAUUAUGUUCAAUUAUGUGUAUCCGUUUCGCCGAGCGAUUGUAUAUAUGAAACAUAUUGGAAGUAUGGGGGCAAUUGUUUUAAUUCAUUUUCUCUUCAUUGGUGUCAUAAUAGUACUUCAUUUAAAAUUGAAAAUUACAUCAAAUUUGACUAUGAAAUGAUACAUUCAAGCAAUGAUACGGUAACGAAAGAUUACUGGUAUUCCAAUGUCCAAUGUCGAGUCUGUGGUCGUGACCAGUAUCCAUGUGACGAAAUUUAUUUUAAGAAAAACACUGACAUACCUAUUAGAAGAAUUCAAGCUGAAGGCUGCGAAUGCGAACGACAAACAACAACAUACAAAGUUAUAUCGAUGGGUAAACCAGAUGAAAGUCUAUUCGAUACGAUUCCAAAAAGUUGGGCAUAUUAUGAUGACCGAUCAAUUCGUCGCACAUGUAUUGUAGAGAAUACAUUGAUUGAAUUAAGUGAUUUAGUUUAG